AUGGCCGACCCUUUCGAAGUGCGCAUGCGCUUCACGAACCUCCUCACACAUCUCUCUGCCUCGGCGACGGCAUCCAUAAAGACGGCCCACUAUGCUCUCAAGCACCGUGACAUGGAUGAGGAUCUGCACAGCUGCAUCAUCGAGAACCUCGAGCGGGGGAACAAUAUGAACAACCGGGCGAACAUCAUGUAUUUCCUCGAACACCACGCCGACAUCAACACCAAGGAAGGCGGGCACGGAGCCUAUGUCGACAUGAUCCGGCGAGAUAUUCAGCGCAUCGUUGACGCUGUGGCCCAAUCAGGCGCAAAUGUUAAGGUCGUACGGCGCGUGGUAAUGGGACUGAGCGACAAGGGCGUUCUCAGCGCUCAGGUGACAGCCGGCAUCGAAACGGGGCUCAAGGAGAAAGAGGACAAGAUGGGAAAAUUACUCGGCGACGACGAUAAGCCCGAAGACAGCGGCACCCCUACCCAGGUCGACGAGGGGCACAAACCGACGCCUCGUGGGAAAGGCAGUGUUUCAAAGAUGGACAAACGAGCCAUCGAACAACGUAUUGAAGAGGACAGGGAGCGGAAUAAGAGAUUACGGGAGAGUGUCUGGGCGGUCUCGGGCGACGAUGACCAGGAACUUGAUCGGCUGUGGGAAGAAGGGAGCAGCAUCAGCGAAGAUGAGCGUGUCAUUGCCGACGAAGAGGCCGAAGAGCGCCUCCAAUUCGUGAGAUACUACAAGUCAACUAUGGUGGGAAGCUGA